GGGAGUGGUUGCACUUGGCCAGUUCCUAGGGUGACAGUAGAGUCGAGUCAAGUUUUUGGCGCCGUUGCCGGGGACGGCUAGGUUGUUGAAGAAAAGUGAUUUCUGUUAAUUUAGCUUUUCUUUUUGCUUUGUUUUCUUUGUCCCACUUGUGCCUUCACGGGUUUGUUGCUUGAGUGUGUGCAGGUAGUGCAUGACCCGUAGCCAGUCGGGAGGUUUACUGCCGUUGAAUCCAGAGAUUGACCGCACCUGUCGCCAGCUCAGGAGACAACAGCGAGCUAGACUGGCUACGGAAGAGCGCAUAGACGGCCACCUGAGCAGCGAUUCUGAAGAAGAGCACGGAAUGGACGGAGACUACAAUCAGCACCAGGGGAAUCCCCCGGUGAAUCAGGUCCUGGGGAACAACCCCAUACCCCAGGAUCAUGGAGCUCAUCAUCCACCGCAGCCGGGUCCCACCUUGGAGUACUAUUACACUCCUCGGAUUGCUGACAUCCGCCCGGUCAUCCUCUACCCGCCGAUCCCAGCAAACAACUUCGAGAUCAAGCCAUGCUGGAUUCAGCUCAUCACAUCUUCUAUCCAGUUCCAUGGCUUGAAGGAUGAGGAGGCCAGGGUGCACUUGUCCCGUUUUCUGCAGCUGACGAACGGGUUCAAGCUGAAUGGUGUCCCGGAUGAUGCGAUCCGCCUUCAUCUCUUCCCCCAUUCUCUGGCGGGGAAUGCCAAGAGGUGGUUGGAGACCCAGCCACCAUUGUCCAUCACCUCUUGGGACGAUCUGGCAGACAAGUUCGUGCACAGGUACUACCCUGCAUCGAAGACUACAGAGAUUCAGCGGGAGAUCACUCACUUCCGCCAGGAGCCAGAUGAGUCACUUCGUGAUGCAUGGGAGCGGUACAUGGGAUACUUCUGGCAGUGUCCCCAUCAUGGCUUCAGCGAUGCUUUCACGGUAGGGAACUUCUACAGCGCUCUCUCCCCAGAUAGCCAGAGGGUGAUUGAAUCUCUAUGCCCAGGAGGGGAUAUUCUCACUAAGACUCCACCCGAGCUGAACCAGAUGAUUAAUACAUUAGCUGCCAGAGAUCAUUCCUGGGGGCAGAGCAGCAGAGGCAGGCAUUCCCGGGACCGUGGUGUGCAUGCCAUGGAGACCAGAUCCGGGUUAGAGCAGCAGGUGGCUGAGUUGGUGCAGACAUUGAAGCAGCCCAACAGUCUCCUACCGGGCCGAGGUGUAACUCCGCCUCCAGUCGCUCAGUGUCAGUGGUGUGAGAGCCCAAACCACCUGGUGGAAGAUUGUCAGUCUAUGAGGGAGUCUUCUACUCCCCAAGAGCAGGUGGACUUCAUAGCAAAUGCUCGGCGCCUGGAUCCAUACAGCAGUACCUAUAAUGAGGGAUGGCGCCAGCAUCCCAACUUUGCCUGGAGCAGCAACGCCAACAAGCCACCUGGUUUCCCAGCACCAGCAGGUGGUCUCCAGCAGAGGCAGCCCUUCCAGGCUAGGCAGGGGCUACCACCACAGCAGCAGCCUUACCAGCCUAGGCAAGGGCAGCCAUUCCAGCAGCCUCAGCGUCAGUACGCCGAACCAGCAGCAGCACCAGCUCCCGAUAAUCAGAUGACCGAGCUGAAGAACAUUUUGGCAGCAUUCAUGACCACCACCCAGGCAAGUAUCACGAGGAUGGAUCAGACCAUAGCUUCACUGGAGGCAGGCCAGAGAACCCUGGAGGCAGGCCAGAGAAACCAAGGUGCCAUUCUGCAGGAUCUCCAGCACCAGAUAGGGAGCUUAGCUCGCCAGAACACUACAAGGGCACCGGGGACUCUGCCUGCCACCACUGUCCCGAAUCCUCGAGAUCCUCACCAGCAUCAGCAGCUGGAUGCCAUUUUUACCAGGAGCGGUAAGGUGAUAUCUGCUGAUCCUGCCCCGGCCAGACAGGAGGAACCACUACCUGCUUCAGCACUUCCAGCCGACGAUGCAGAAGUGCGGGUGGAGAAGGAAGCCCCUGCUCCCAAGCCACAACCAGUGGUUAAGGAGCAUGUGCCCCAGCUUCCCUUCCCCACUCGCCUACACAAGGACAAGCUGGAGACUGAGUUUGCCAAGUUCAUGGCAAUGUUGAAGCAGCUCAACAUCAGCAUACCGUUCAUGGAGGCACUGUCAAAGAUGCCCAAGUAUGCCAAGUUCAUGAAAGAUAUCUGCACCAACAAGAAGAAACUUGGGGAUCUUUCGACAGUGAUGCUCAGUGAAGAGUGUUCUGCUAUCCUACAGAACAAGCUGCCCGAGAAGCGCAAGGAUCCAGGGAGUUUUACUAUCCCUCUUACUAUUGGCAGCAUGCAUGUAGGCAAGUCCUUGGCGGACCUAGGCGCUAGCAUUAACGUCAUGCCAUAUAAGUUGUAUAAAAUGCUAGACCUAGGUGAACUUAGCCCCACUAGGAUGAGCAUUCAAUUAGCUGAUCGUUCUGUUGUGCAUCCUAGGGGAAUCAUAGAGGAUCUGCUUGUUGGUGUUGGUGCAUUCACAUAUCCUGUUGAUUUUGUUAUUCUUGAUAUACAUGAGGAUGUGGAUGUGCCGUUGAUUCUAGGUAGGCCAUUUCUUGCCACCGCCAAGGCACUAAUUGAUGUGCAUGAUGGUAAGUUGAUCUUGCGUGCUGGGGAUGAACAGGCUACUUUUUCUGUGACUGAGUUUGAUCACUGUGCUAUGAUUGAUGUCACGCCUGUGCAUGCUAUGUCUGAUCAGGUACACGAGCCUGUCGUGUAUCCUGCUGCUCCUCGCAUUUUGCAGGACCCUCCUAUCACUCCUUCGCCGCCACUCCAUCCAGCCACGCCUCUGAACAAAAAGCUCAAGGAGGAGAGGCGGCCGAAGCCGCAGGUUGCUAAGCCUGCACGUAAGAAGAGUGGAGACCACUAUGAGCUGGUCCCACCUCCUGCACCACGACCACCGUGGCCGUCCGGGUACUCACUCGCCUGCAUCUUGCCAGAUGGGCAGGUCGAGCUGACCGAUGAUGGUGGUCGCAUCCGUCGGGUGCAUGGCCACAACCUGAAGCUGUACCUCAAGAGCGACGUGGAUCCGCUCUUGGGGGCACCUGUUCCUGCACCGCCCUGAGUAUCCACCAUGGGCGUCCAGCUAAUACGACGGUAAAGAAGCGCUUCUGGGGAGGCAACCCCACCACGGUUUGUUUUUCUUUCUUGAGUUUUGAGUCGGUUUGUAGACCCGGUUUGGGUUUGGUCUGUUUCUUUUGGUUUGGAUGAUAUUUUAUUGGGCUGACCAUCGGACCUAACAUACUGUGUUUGAGCUCUGUGUUUUCCUUUGGCUGUGCUUGCCCCGACUGGCCCGCCUCCAGUCUCCUGCAGUCCGUGCAUACCGGUAACAUCUUUCCCUUAUCCUUCCCUCUUCUCCAUUGAGGGCAAUGUCGAUCUUAAGUGUGGGGGGGUGUUUAUCUUUGACUGCAUUAGAUCUGUUUGUGUGCUUGGAGCCUAGUCCACUGUCCAAAUUUUUAAAUUUGAGGGCUCCAAGUAAGUGUUUCCGUGCAAUUGCCUGCUCAGUAUGCUUUGAAUUGACAGUCUUUAUGGUAAUAUGCAACCUAGGGAGGUAGUGUAGCACUAUGGAGGAUGUUGAUGCAUUUAAGAAGUCUCAUUUCUUCUUCAUAUUGAGUUGGUUGAUUGAGUGAAUUAGUGAUCUUAGGACCCUGGAAUUGUGUGGUGUUGUGGACUCUCUGCCUGUCAUGGACUCUUGUAUCAUGUUUUGAAAAUAACAGGUGCUCGAAAAUGUGCUUCAAAAUAAACGUCUCCCGUGCGAAUAGGGCGAAAGUGUGUAAGGGGAGACGGGAAUUCGUUCCCAAUUUCCACCUACUACCUCCAGCCCCCUUACAUGUCUUUCCCCCGCACGAGGCUCGAGACAUCCGCUCCUGGCAUGGCCGGUAAGAGCAGGUUGGGACCCUUGAAAAGAAAAAGAAAAGAACAAUAACAGAAAACAAGCAAAACAGAAAGAAAAGGGUUCCAACCAUCUUCAAAGAAAAUCGAGCACCUCGAAAAAUGUGAGUCCAUGAUCCUUUGUUUUUGAGAAUCUCUCCAUCCACAAUUCAUUUGUUCUCUGUUCACUGUUUGCCAUGAUGCCAACUCGAUAAGAAGCUUUGAGAUGACUUGUGCGUCGGUUGACCUCGUAAGUUGCUAAAUGAUCUGGGAAGUCCUCUACCUACGAUCUGGGUUGUUUGUUGCUAUAGAGGUCUGGAGAGCUGCAUUGGUUUGAGUUAGGUUUGCUUGGGGACAAGCAAACGGUUAAGUGUGGGGGAGUUUGAUAGACCGUUAGUUACACAUGCUUUUACCCCUGCUCUUACUCUGUUUGAGGUAUUGAUUCUCGUGUUUUAGGCCGAUUUCACGCUAGGUGGUGCUUGUUUAUGAUAUUUCAGGUCCUAGUACGUGAAUGGAGGCUUGGGAGCGAGUUUGAUGUCGAUUGGACGCGGAUCGGACGCAUGGCGAGAUUCCAAGGAGGCUGCACGGCCAGACCAGGGAGUCGCACGGCCGUGCAGUAUACAAUUAUGGCCGUGCGACAUUAUGCGAGAAGACGCACGGGCAGAGCAGAAAACCCGCACGGCCGUGCAUGUAACCAGUCUGGCCGUGCGGGAUUGUGCGAGAGCUUGCACGGGCACAAGUGAAAUCCGCACGGCCGUGCGAAGUGCAAUCCUGGCCGUGCGAGAAGCCCGAGGUUCAACUUAUUGAUACGCCGCGUUUUGAGGUGCACGGCCAGAAUGGUGAGGUGCACGGCCGUGCACCCUGGCCGUGCGAGUCGGGAUUUUCUCCUUUUAAGCAGAAUUUCAGCCACAAUUCGGGGGGAUUCGAGUUUUUGAGAGAGAGAUCAGUUCCUAGAGAGAGAAAGUGACGAGCAAGAGUUCCCAAGUGCCCUAGAUUGAUCUUCAACACCAUUGGAGGCCAGCUUGAGCUUGGAGAAGUGCCAAUCAACGUCCAGAAGCAGG